CCUGUUGUUUCCUGGCGGGAGGCGUGCGAGGGCCCUGUCCAUGGAUCGCGCGGCCGUGGCGAGGGUGGGCGCGGUCGCGAGCGCCAGCGUGUGCGCCCUGGUGGCGGGGGUGGUGCUGGCCCAGUACAUAUUCACCUUGAAGAGGAGGACCGGGCGGAAGACCAAGAUCAUCGAGAUGAUGCCAGAAUUUCAGAAAGGUUCAGUUCGCAUCAAGAACCCUUCAAGAGUAGAAGAAAUUAUCUGUGGUCUUAUCAAAGGAGGAGCUGCCAAACUUCAGGUGAUAACAGACUUUGAUAUGACACUAAGUAGAUUUUCCUACAAAGGGAAGAGAUGCCCAACAUGUCAUAAUGUCAUUGACAACUGUAAGCUGGUUACAGAUGAAUGUCGAAAAAAGUUAUUUCAACUAAAAGAAAAAUAUUAUGCCAUUGAAAUUGAUCCUGUUCUUACUGUAGAAGAGAAGUACCCUUAUAUGGUAGAAUGGUAUACUAAAUCACAUGGUUUGCUUGUUGAACAAGCUUUACCCAGAGCUAAACUUAAAGAAAUUGUGGCAGAAUCUGAUGUUAUGCUGAAGGAAGGGUACGAGAAUUUCUUUGACAAGCUCCAACAACACAGUAUUCCCGUGUUCAUAUUUUCGGCUGGGAUUGGUGAUGUACUAGAGGAGGUUAUCCGUCAGGCUGGUGUUUAUCAUCCAAAUGUCAAAGUAGUAUCCAACUUCAUGGAUUUUGAUGAAAACGGGGUGCUCAAAGGAUUUAAAGGAGAACUAAUUCACGUAUUUAACAAACAUGAUGGUGCCUUGAAGAAUACAGGAUAUUUCAACCAACUAAAAGACAAUAGCAACAUCAUUUUGCUGGGAGACUCCCAAGGAGACUUAAGAAUGGCAGACGGAGUAGCCAAUGUUGAACACAUUCUGAAAAUUGGAUAUCUAAAUGAUAGAGUGGAUGAGCUUUUAGAAAAGUACAUGGAGUCUUACGAUAUUGUUUUAGUGAAAGAUGAAUCAUUGGAGGUAGCCAACUCCAUUUUACAGAAGAUUUUAUAAACAAGCCUCUUCAAGAAGACCUCUCUCCCAUGGCUGUGACUGAUGCAAGAGCUCAUCUGUCCGUCUUGCUGAAAGACUCUUAUUUAUAACAUAUUCUUGCAUAACUGAACUGUUUUCAGACAUGUCAAAUCCAUCAACUGGAAACUCCUUUUUCUCACCUCUCAACACACUCCUCACCAUAUUUUUAAACAAAUUUUUAAAAGAAAAAAAUCUUAAAGCCAAAAUUAGAAGAAUAACUCUCAAGGUGUAUUUUGUAGUUAAUGUUAUCAUGCUGUUUUUGAGGAGUCUUUUUUAUAUCAAGAAAGUUUGUAGAAGUUUAAAAGGAAGUUUUAUGAAGUGGUAAAAUGAUGUGCAUGAUUUUAAGUAUUGCCAUUUCUGCAGUUUGGGUGAAUUAUGCUGAUGGUAUCACCACCUCCUGAAAUUGUAUUAUGUUGGUUAUUUUGUCUGGGGAAAAUCAAUAUUUACCAGAAAAGACUGAUAGGUGGUAAUUGAAAAAACUAUUUGUGUCCACAUGUCACUAAUCAUUACACGAUCUUCUAUAUGGAAGCAUUGAUAAUAAACAUGAAAUGAAAAGCC